AGGACAGGAGAGUUCGUCAGCAAGACCUCACAAGUGGAAUACGUACAUAAAAGAAGACGGAGCAAGGACGUGCAUGUUUGCACAGGAGCAUUUUAUUAUAAGCUGGACCAGACUCUACAGCUAUUCCACACAUGCAUGGUGGACGAAACUAGAUCUCCCGAACAAGUGCACUACCCUGAUUCUCUUGCAUAAUCAAUCAUUCUUUUCCAUGAAGUCCUUGCAUGUGGCUGCAGAUUCACACAGAGGCUCCAUAGACUCCAAGACAAAAAGCAGAGGGAAGAGAUACGGAGGGACAGAUAAAAAGUGUGAUUUUUGGUGAUCAAAGGUUAAAGUGGUUAAUCUGAGUGGGAAAAGACUCAAGGCAAGGAAUGAAGGCGCUUCAGAAGAAUCAGGGACGCACUGACCAGAUGUUAGGAGCCAUGGCUGACAUGCUCACUUCUGUGGUGAUGCCCAAUCAGUGGCUCUCAGAGGGCGGUGAGCCGGACCUCCCUUCAGGUGAAGAGGAAAGGGGGCCAGUCCAGGGCCACUGGGAGCCCGAGGGACUGGAUUGGGAGCAGCCCAGAGAAGGAACAGACUCGUAUUCGGCAGCAGGCAGUGAGGGCAGCAUCUCUACCUCUGCGGCGUCCCUGCCUCCGCUGGCUUCAGGCAGCUCGGCCCCCAGCUCCCCUGGCUCCAAGCGCUCUGUGAGCACCCUGAAAAAAUGGCUCACAAACCCGGUUCGCAAGCUUAGUGCUGGGGCCACAGCUAAAGGGGAACGUCAAAUUCGCAAACUUGAGGGAAAACCUUCACUUCUUCCGUCCCACAGCCACAGCCUGGAUCUGGCCAGCCCCCCGAGGCCUGAUGAGCCUCUCACCAUCCUGCCUGUCACACACACAGAACUGGAGUGGAAAGAUGGCCUGGCUAGCCCUGAGGAUCUGUCGCCGGCGACACUCCAGUCCCCCGGUUACAUAACUGACUCAUUGAUUGGCUGCACGUCGCUGCUUCACACGCAGGACACUCUGGACACUCAGUCCACCUCUGUUGUACCAGAUGACAGUGCCUCUAUCCUGAUGGAUGAUACUUCCAGCCAAUGGUCUUCAGCGGCUGACACUGAGGAGGAGCGGAGAAGCGCCUUGGAAAAAAGCUUAUAUGUACUGAAGGAGCUUAUUGAGACGGAGAAGCACUAUGUAGCAGACCUGGGCCUCAUAGUGGAGGGGUACAUGACCACUAUGAACUCUAAAGGUAUACCGGAGGACAUGAAGGGAAAAGACAAGAUUGUUUUUGGGAACAUUCACCAAAUAUUUGACUGGCAUAGAGACUAUUUCCUGGGAGAGCUGGAGAAGUGUGUGGCAGAGCCAGAGAGGCUGGGUCAGCUCUUCAUUAAACACGAGCGGCGUCUGAAUAUGUAUGUGGUAUACUGUCAGAACAAGCCCAAGUCUGAGCACAUUGUCUCAGAGUACAUCGAAACCUACUUUGAGGAGUUGCGGCAGCAGCUGGGUCACAGGUUGCAACUGAAUGACCUACUCAUCAAACCCGUCCAGAGGAUCAUGAAGUACCAGUUGCUGCUCAAGGACUUCCUGAAGUAUUACACCAAAGCUGGGAUGGACACAGAAGAGUUGGAGAAAGCAGUAGAAGUGAUGUGCUUUGUGCCAAAACGUUGCAAUGACAUGAUGAAUGUGGGUCGACUACAAGGCUUUGAGGGAAAGAUCACAGCCCAGGGGAAGCUGCUCCAGCAGGACACCUUCACCGUUACGGAGCAGGACUCUGGCUUCCUGUCCCGAGCUAAGGAAAGAAGGGUCUUCCUGUUUGAGCAGUUGGUCAUCUUCAGUGAGCCCAUUGACAGGAAGAAGGGCUUCUCACUUCCCGGGUACAUCUUUAAAAACAGCAUCAAGGUGAGCUGCUUGGGGGUGGAGCCCACUGUGGACGGUGAUGAUGCACGCUUUGUGUUGACAUCACGCAAUCCAGAUGGGAGUGUAGUGCGCUUCCAGUUGCUGGCCUCUUCGCUGGAGACGUGCAGGGCCUGGGUCAACGAUGUGGUUCAGCUCUUGGAAACACAGCGCAACUUCCUCAAUGCCUUACAGUCACCUAUUGAGUAUCAACGGAGAGAAAGCAAGUCCAAUAGCCUGGGUCGCUCCAUGAGGCCCCCCCUGUCCACCGGCAGUGCCCUGAGACCCCACUCUUCUGCUUCAAUUGACCGCCACAGGCAGCCCUCCCUCCAUUCUCAUAACACCUCCCUGCCUGCCCUCUACCUGCCCAGCCAAGGCCCGGCUCGAGGUCUCAGUGAGACCUCCAUGCUGCAGGGUCCCACUCUGGUGCAGCCGUGCCCUGCUGACACUGUUUCGCCAUCGCAUGUUCAACUGACCUUGUCCGAUCCGCAGAGCUGUCCUGCUGUUUCAAAUGGCCUCUACGCACCCUCCACGCAGGCUACACAGAGAGCAGACGACGGCUGCCGCAGGGGUCAGCCAGCCGAUUUUGGAAGCCAUGCUCCAUUUUCCACUCCCUCAGCUGGACGACGCCCUAGCAACCUGGCCCAGCUUGCCGAAGAUGACCUAUGACCUCUGAUGGCUUCUGUCUCAUGAGUCAAUGGGACAGCAUGAAGACCAGAAAAAAUGAAGACAUACCUAGGCCUGGUUCAGGAACCUGAAGCAACCUAUGAAGGAAAUUAACGCUGCACCUGUAAAAUGACUUCUUUUUUUUCUAGAGCUUUCAAAUGAAAGAUGAAGGUGCGGCCAUCCUUUGUGCACAUGAACUUAAAUCACCCGGCAGGAUGUCACUGGGCCCUCAAAGAAAGGACCGUCAGUGUUGUGAUAAUUACUGCUUAUUACUUACUUGUAUUUGUAUGAGUGGCAGUUUGACCAUCAAAUAUCCAUUCCUAAUUGGGGCGGUCACUGGAGUGCGCGUUUCAAUGACUGUGUAUGAGCGAUUUUGUGUGCAUGAGAGUGUGCAUGAGCUCCUCCUGUACUCACUGCUAAUAUUUUUGUUUUGGCCCCUGAGGAAAGAACUGAAAACUGCAGUCACACAUGUGAUUCCUCAGCCAGCGGUUGAGUUGGCUACAGUAUUUGUUUCACACUAAAACCUACCGUAAUUCAAGAGUACAUGAAGGACUUUCGUCUUCAUCCGUAUCACCACAGGGCUAUCAUACUCUGCAGAAAGGUUUUGGUUUCAUUUUGCUUUUUGCUGGGCUUGCACAACCUCCAGGUCAUGGGUCAUGUGGAGUGGAUCAGGUCGGACAAAUGCGACCUCUGGAGGGCGCAGAGCGUCGGACAGUGCUGCAGUACUCAGGCUGUGUGUUUUAUCUGUUCACCGUGAACUUAUCUGGUGUCUUUUUAGGGUUUUCUUAUUUCAUUCAAAGCUGAGAAGUGACUUUAAAUUUGGGAUUCAGACUGAUACGAUACUGUCAUGUCAGAGAAUUAAAAACUUGUAAUCAGUUGUUGGCAGUCUUUUUUUUUAAC